AUGAUAGCUGCUCCCAACCAGCCGCCAACCUUCAAGAUUCCUUCCCACUCCAACAGCAGAAGGCCUGCCGACAUCCCUCUCCACACCUUUUCCUCCUCGGCUCGCCAGCGAAGCAGCGACGCGGCCCGUCUGCUGCACGACGACGACAAGGAGAGCACCCGCUCUUCCUUCGACACCCCCGAGUCCGACUCGGACCUCUCGCUGUGGAGCGACACUGGUGAUCUUGUUGACCAGCUCGCCGACCAGGAAGACCCCCUCCGCAUCCGCCUGCGCGACUCGCUCGAAGGAGGCAGCUCCUCCCGGCCCCGCCAUCAACAAAAACGCGUCCGCUACGAGUCCGCAACCCGCUUCAACGAGAAGGAGCGAGGGCUCAGGCUCGAGGAUAUCGAGAUCCCCAACCCGGGACCGCGCACCAUAUCCAAGGCUGAGCGGAUACUCGCCUCCAUCAUGGCACCCAACGACGGACCAUCCCGCAUCCACGGGCUCCACGGGAAGAAGCUGAUCUACUUCACAAGCGUCUUUGUAUCAUUAGGCGUGUUCCUGUUCGGCUACGACCAGGGAGUCAUGUCCGGUAUCAUCACGGGUAUAUACUUCAAGGACUACUUCAACCAGCCCACGGCGGCGGAACUGGGAACCAUGGUCGCCAUCCUGGAAGUCGGAGCCUUUAUCUCCUCCCUGCUUGUCGGCCGCGUCGGAGACAUGCUAGGCCGCCGUAGGACGAUCUUGUGGGGAUCCAUCAUCUUCGUUGUUGGUGGCGCCUUGCAGACGUGUGCGAAUGGCAUGCCAAUGAUGAUGUUAGGAAGAAUCAUAGCUGGUCUGGGCGUGGGUGCACUAUCUACCAUUGUGCCGGUCUAUCAGUCCGAAAUCUCGCCCCCCCAUAACAGAGGCAAGCUCGCCUGUAUCGAGUUCUCUGGGAACAUCACCGGAUACGCCGCCAGCGUGUGGGUCGACUACUUUUGCAGCUUCAUCAAGAACGACUGGUCUUGGAGAGUACCUCUCUUCAUGCAGUGCAUCAUGGGAGGUCUGCUUGCCGCUGGCAGUUUGCUCAUCUGCGAAUCCCCCAGGUGGCUGCUAGACAAUGACCAUGACGAGGAGGGCAUUGUGGUUAUCGCCAACCUCUACGGAAAGGGCGAUAUCCACAACCAAAAAGCGCGAGAUGAAUACCGGGAAAUCAAGAUGAAUGUGCUUCUGCAACGCCAAGAAGGUGAACGCUCAUACUCCGACAUGUUCAAGCGCUACUACAAGCGCGUCUUCAUCGCCAUGUCCGCCCAAGCCCUCGCGCAACUCAACGGCAUUAACGUCAUCUCGUACUAUGCCCCGCUCGUAUUUGAAGAGGCUGGCUGGUACGGCCGUCAAGCAAUUUUGAUGACCGGAAUCAACGCCAUCACGUACCUGCUCUCAACAAUCCCGCCUUGGUAUGUGGUUGACACCUUGGGUCGGAGAAAGAUCCUACUCUCUGGAGCGCUCGCCAUGGCCCUUUCGCUCUCUGCCAUAUCGUAUUUUAUCUACCUACGCACCAGUUGGACUGCGAACCUCGUCGUCAUAUUUGUCAUGAUUUACAACGCUGCAUUUGGUGCUUCGUGGGGCCCAAUUCCCUGGUUGUACCCACCGGAAAUUCUACCACUUUCCAUACGCGCCAAAGGAGCCAGUUUGAGUACGGCAACCAAUUGGGCCUUUAAUUGGCUUGUUGGAGAAAUGACCCCGAUUCUGCAGGAGCAUAUUCAGUGGCGUUUGUACCUCAUUCACGCAUUCUUCUGUGCUGUUAGUUUUGUUAUUGUUUGGUUCAUUUACCCCGAAACGGCCAAUGUUCGUCUUGAAGACAUGAACUCCAUCUUCGGAGAUGCCACUUCAGUUCAGCCGACCCCGCAAACACUCGCGGAAGCAGAGUCGUUGUUCAGUGGAAGCGCCCGAUCCCCUGUACCUUCGCUCGACAUCCGACGAGGCGCAGCGGAGAGCGCUAUUCCGGGUCUGGACAUUGACCCGCCAGACAACGUCGACGGCCUGGACAAGCCAGCAAAGGAGGGCGAAAAGGGCGAGGGCAUCGGCGGUUGGAUCUCGAACAUGGUCAAGAGAAAUAAGGGCAAUGGCGAAGGCGACUCAGGAGGACAGUACAGACGUGUCGGGCAAGACGAGGAGAGCUGAGCGUUACCUCCGCUUGUGGUUCGGGGAUUCGAAGCAUCAUCAUAUACUGGUUUGGGAAGAGCACAGCAUGCCAUGAUACCUCUGCGACGCAUGCAAAUUUUGUAUAGAAGGCGUACUGUGCGGAUGUUUGGUCUGCAUCGCUGCAAAAGUUGGUGCAGCUUAUCUUGUAAUUCCUCCUUGGUGCGUGGAUCCACAGGAGGGCACUUGUAGAAAUGACGCUCACGGCAGCAUGUACAAUAGAUUGUGC